UGUAGCGUUAGCUUAAUUUAGCUAUCUUAUAAUUUAGCGUUAGCUAAUUUAGCCACUUUUUCCGGGACUGAGGCAGCUGACCGUUCGUAAUAUGUAACUUUAUAUUGGUAAUCCUAAACUCUGUUGAUGCUUUGUUGUGUUGCAGCAUUUGGAAAGGCUGUUCAUGCCCUGUCCCGGAUUGGAGAUGAGCUGUGGUUGGAUCCCACAGUGAAAGGGCUGGCUCUGAGAUCAGUGAAUUCUGCUCAUUCUGCGUACGCCUGCUUCCUCUUCUCACCGCUGUUCUUCCAGCACUACAGCCUGGGAUCAGUAUCAGAGCUGGGCCAUGAGACAAUUAAUUGCAAACUGCUCAUGAAGUCAGUGCUACCUCUUUUCCGGUGUUUGACUUCCAUUGAGCGUAAUGUGGAGCGAUGUCAGAUAUCAAUCACCGCUCCCAAUGACCAAGUGAUGAUCCAGUUUUUCUGCAAGCAUGGCAUCACUAAGACCCACAACCUAUGUUUCCAGGAGAGUGAAGCUCUGCAGGCAGUGUUUGCCUCACACCUCUCUUCCAAUGUGCUGAAAGCUCCUGCCAGGCUCCUUAGUGAUAUGGUGAUGCAUUUCCCAGUGUCCCAGGAGGAAAUCACUCUGUCCAUAACUCCUCUGAGAGUCAGCCUGAGAAAUUACUAUGAGGGGGGAAACGAUCACAUGAAGAAUAUGUCCACUGAGAUGUCCUUACACCCAGACGAGUUUGACUACUUUCAGAUCGGAGAGGAGUCAGAUAUAACCUUCUGUCUGAAGGAGUUGAGGGGUUUACUGUCCUUCGCAGAGUCACAUUGCCUUCCAGUGUCUGUCCACUUUGGUGCUGCAGGAAAGCCUGUGUGCUUCUCGGUGGAGGACAUGGUCCUGGAGGCAACUGUGGUGCUGGCUACUCUGGUCGACUCUGAAAGCAGGGGCCCCUCUCAGCCUACGGAGACGCUGGCCCCUACUCCACCCAGGUGUGCCGAUGCUGCUGUUCUACCUGUGGGUUCGUGUGAGGCAGACAGCAGAAAGCCUCAGGAUGUUCCUGCUGCGAUGGAGCUGGUAGAAUCCAGCCAGGGGAGCCCUAUAAUCAACCCACCGGCUCGGAUGCUGCUUCUGCCUCAGAUCGGCGACUCCAACCGGCCGGGUGGAGCCGACGAGGCCUGUGACAGCGCCACCACGACGCCUGCUUCCUCCACGAUCUGCUCCCUCCUGUUCAGGGCCUUGUCGUCUGAGGACAAUGACGGUCGUGCUCCCAGACUGCCUGUUCUUGCAUUUCACAGUGACGAAGAGGAGGAAGACUACACGAGAAGCCCAACACGCUGAGAACAGCUGUUACACACAACUCCAUUUCUCACCUCAAGUGUUUGUGAUAAUUGUUCAGGUAGGACAGUGUUCGGUUUUCCCAAAAUGUCCAGUUGGAAACCCAGGAGAAUGUUUUUAUAAGUAUUUAUUCAAAUGAUUCAUAAAUGUAUUUAUUUUGGCAAUUUCGGUGUAUGAAAUAUGUUUGUCCUGAAAAGCUUGAUGGGCAGAAAAAAUUGGUCCGUGUGCUGUUGACGAACAUCUGAGGAAUGUGUGUGUGUGAGUUUUAAACUAUCUGCAGCGUAUAGUUUAAAACUCAAAUGUGGCCGAUAGUCUCGUUCUAAAACCAACUGCAAGUUUGUGCACAUGUCAAGGCCAACGACCGGAUAAUAAAUACUAUACUCUUUAUUUAAA